CUUGUGCUACUUUUGGUAUUAAAACACCACAAAAUUAGUCCCUCAGGCUUUAAUAUAAGAUAUUAAGAGGGCUGUAUGUCGUUUUGAAAACUACAGCAUUCAGUCCCAGAUGAACAUGAUUUUUAAAGACAACAUCUUUUUCUGUGACAGAAGAGAGGAGCAGCCAUGAGUGUAACUGCAGCAGCAAGGAUUGAAUUUGUAUUUGUACUGCUUCUCACUGCAUCAGCGGUACUGGGUCAGAAUGGUUGGUCAGUGACUUACACUUCUACUCACAUCUGUGCCUUGAAAAAAUCAACAGUGGACAUAGGCUGCAGAUACAGUUACCCUUCUACAAGACACAACAUAAAUACUACAGUUCAAAAAAGACUUUGGUUUAUAAAAAACAAGGAUGAACCGUUGGAUCUGAAAACAUACUCACGCCGAGCGGAGUACCGCUUUCAUGAGAACGACUGCACUCUGAGGAUCACGGACCUGAGAGAGCGAGACUCAGCUGAGUACAAGUUCAGAUUCAUAACAAAUCAGCCAGAUGGAAGUUAUACUGGCUCACCUGGAGUCACUUUGACUGUCACAGACUUGCAGGUGAAGGUGAGAAGAUUGUUAAACCACACAGAGCUGCAGUGUCACAGCAGCUGUGAUGUAAUUGAUCCUCCAUCAUAUGUUUGGUACAAAAAUGGACAGAAAAUAAAGGAAGAAACAUCUUCUCUGAGAGUCUCUGUUGGAGAUGAUGACAGCAGCUAUUCCUGUGCAGUUAAAGGACAUGAGGGUUACCGCUCUGCUGCAGUGUUUUCUCCAAAGCUUUACUAUGUGUUAGUAAAUCCUUCUGCUGAAGCAGAGGAGGGAACUUCAGUGUCUCUAAACUGUGGCUUUAAUGCAAACCCAGCGGCUAAUUACAGCUGGUACAAGGGAAAUAUCCAAACACAUAUCAGUGAAGGAACGGUCCUCGACUUUUCAUCUAUCCAGCCCUCUGACUCUGGAGAAUAUUACUGUACAGCUGAGAAUGAGCUGGGGAGGAGUGCAUCUCAAUCCAUCUUUAUUAAUGUGAAAUAUGCUCCAAAACCUGUUAAUGUGUCAGUGACUCCCCCUGGUGAGAUAGUGGAGGGCAGUUCAGUAACUCUGACUUGUAGCAGUGAUGCUAACCCUGCAGCUAAAUACACCUGGUAUAAGGGAAAUAACAAUAAACCUCUAAGUGUAGACACACAGCUUGUCUUCACCUCAAUCCAGCCCUCAGAGUCUGGACAGUAUCGCUGCAGAGCUUACAACGGAGUGGGGGUGACAUCUGACUCCUUCACUAUUCAUGUGAAAUAUCCCCCAAAGUUUGUCUCAGUAUCAGUGAGUCCUUCUAAUGAAAUCAGGGAGGGGAGCUCAGUAACUCUUACUUGUAGCAGUGAUGCUAAUCCAGCAGCUAACCACUUCUGGUACAAGGAUGGUGAUCAAACACCUCUCAGUAAUGAACGGCAGCUCUCCAUCACCUCCAUCCAGUCCUUUGACUCUGGAGAGUAUGUCUGUGCAGCUGAGAACCACCUGGGGAGGACGAUAUCUGAAUCUAUCUUUAUUGUUGUGAUAUAUGCUCCCAAGUCUCUCUCUGUGUCAGUCAGUCCCUCUGGUGAAAUCCAGGAGGGCAGUUCAGUGAAUCUGACUUGUAGCAGUGAUGCUAACCCAGCAGCUAACUACACCUGGUACAAGAAGAACAGCCAAACACCUCUCGUUGUAGAACCACAGCUCUCCAUUAUCUCCAUACAGCCCACUGAUUCUGGAGAAUAUUACUGCCUAGCUGUAAACAAAGUGAAUACUUCCACACCUAAAUACAUCUCUAUCCAUGUGACAUAUGCUCCAAGGCCUCUCUCUAUGUCAGUGAGUCCCUCUGGUGAGAUAGUGGAGGGCAGUUCAGUGAAUCUGACCUGCAGCAGUGAUGCUAACCCGGCGGCUAAUUACACCUGGUAUAAGACGAACAAUCAAACACCUCUCAUUAAAGAACCACAGCUCAUCUUCAGCUCCAUCCAGUCCUCUGACUCUGGGGAAUAUUACUGUACAGCUGAGAACAAGCUGGGGAUCUCAACACCAACAUACAACAUCUCUAUUGAUGUGACAUAUGCUCCAAAGCUUCCCUCUGUGUCAGUGAGUCCCUCUGCUGAGAUAGUGGAGGGCAGUUCAGUCACUCUGACCUGUAGCAGUGAUGCUAACCCAGCAGCUAAUUACACCUGGUACAAGGAGGGUGAAGACUCAGCAAAAGCAUCAGGACACAACUUCACCAUCACUGACUUCAGACCUGAACACAGUGGGAGUUAUUACUGUGUUGCACAGAACACGAGAGGGCAUCAUUACUCCACCUUACAGUUGACUGUUGUAUCAAGAGCAUGGAAAUUAACAGCUGUCAUAGUCCCUGCUAUUCUUCUGGGCCUCAUACUCUUAUACUCAGUCAUCCUAUGGAUCAUAAAAAAGAGAUCUUCCAAUCAGCAGCAGCCUGAGCCUAAAGAGGAACCAGAUACCAGUGAACAGACUCCUUCAUGCAACCCACCUCCUCCCCAUCUCUGCCUCUCCCAUGUUACUCAGAGCUCCAAUCAAGCCUGCAUCUUCAUCACCACCACCAGCCUCUAGAGUCUGAGGGGGUCCUCCCUAAUUCCUGUCACCGCUGGGAAUCUGUUCAGCUGUGACCGGCCAUCAGAGUCCAGUCACCAGAUCGCUUGAACGAAUUCUGUUCAUGAAUAAAUAGUGUUCAGUUCAUCCUAACGAUCUUUCCUCAUUGACAUUCCAUUCUCUUUCUCACAUUCUAAUAUAACUCCACAAAGUGUGUCAGUCUUGCAACUAACAGACCCUAGACAAGAAUAAAAAUCCAAAACUCAACUGUCCUGCACAGUUGAGAAAAAUAUAUCAGCUUACACACAAUAUUUUAACACAAAUAUGACAAUAAUUGAACCUCACAGAGAGCACAUGUCAGGCUCAAACACAGGUUAGCAAAUUUAGUACGAAACCAUAAAAAGUAGGCCUAUGCCAUCUUGCAACUUGUCUCUUAGGGUACCUGCCCGUGAUCAGGUACCCCGCUAGUAUAAUAACCUGGCCAAAGGAGGCGAUAGAAGCAACUGACAUCAAGACUGACAUCUCUCUUGGCUUUCAGCGGAGCCGGUCACAUUUUCUCCUGUCUCCUCUCCCUCCCUUAUCUUCCUGCUUGGCUUCUCUUGUCUUUGUCUAGUCUCGUCUAACUCUCAGAGACUCUUUCCAUCUUGUUCUCUAAUUAUGGAUUUGAUCAACUGGUCUCUAAAUGCUAUUGACACCCUCGAUGAGAAACCUGGGCACGGGGUAGCCUGAUCAUCCUACAGGAACGUUUGCUGUCAGAUACACGACCGUCUUUUGUUGGAACGAGUAGCGUAUCAUGUACCUUGCAACACUCUCAAUGGAGGACGUUGAAGAUAUUUACCUAUUCGGAACCAUGAUAACGGGAUUCCUGUUGAUUAGAACUGGCACAGCCCUGGCUUAUCGACGAAUAAAGAAAAGUGGUCACAGCUGCUAAAAAUCCCACAAGGCUGGUCGGCAUGAUUGACGGUGGGUAGAGCCACGAGCACUCAGACUGUAUUUAUUGAACGUAAUAUGGAUUAAAUCAUUGAGAAGCUCAUGGCUCUGCAACAAGAGAUGUAAAAUUGGGACCAGUGACGGACAUUAGAGCAACUGCAGAAUUGGAAUGCAGUUCUUCGCCCUAAGCCAAACCCUGUCUUCAGGUGGCCUUCCCUCACCAGCUGGAAGCUUGAAGGCCGAAGCUGGAACAAAUACUCACCCAGAUUACAAGACUGUGUAGACUCUUUGCCCUAUCCAUCUACUUCCUCAAGGUCACCUGCGUUGACUUGGGGAUUGUUGACUUUGUACUUAUGUCUUUUUAUGUUAUGAAAUGUGAUGAUUCAUGUGCUAUGUGUUGAGGUGUUUUUUUUGUUUUGGUUUUUUUUCUGUUCUCAAACUGAUCUCCCUUUAGGAGCUCAGUUUGGUGGUGGGGGGGUGUGUGUUCUUUUUUCUGCUCUUCUUUCCUCAUAUCGUGUAUUUCCAUUCCCUCUCCGACCUGUCUUCCUCACGUGAUGUUUGUGUAAUGUAUUGAUGGCCGGAGGGGUAAGAUGGCGCUGGAAUGCCGGCAACCUUAACCAAUUUCCUUCGGGAUCAAUAAAGUUUUAAU